CUGCUGAGCUCGGGGACACCACCGCGUUGAAGAGAAAAAUCGGACUUGGGGGCGAAUCGGUGAUGAGAUCCGAGGCAGGGAUUCGCGAGGAACGCUCCUUAGAUGGAUUCCUCUCUUAAUUGGAACUGUACGUGUAAAUGCUGAUAAGUUCAGACUUUCCAAGCAAAAUUAUUUGGACCUAGUGUUCUUCUGAGCUAAGGUGUCUAAGAUGGAUGAACGAGCUGUUUCUUGCGAUGGCUCUUCCCUGAAAAUGGCUAGGGAAGUUAAGCUAGAGGAAGAUGAGGAAGAAUUUCGCAGUUGUUGUGAAGAUGAUGAAGUUUGGAGGGAGACUGAGGAGGAAUCAGGUAAGGAGGAGCCUAAGUAUCUUCUAGGUGAAUUCUCAGUGAAAUUGUUCUUCAAGGGCAUUUCAAUCAACGAGGUCGGGGAAUAUGCUGUCGGGCUUUCCGGAGUUGGGGUGUUUAUGGAACGGUUAGCUGAUCUUCCUAUUAUCCAGGUGCAGAAAAAGUUGGAUUUCUUUGUGGAGGAAUCUGUGGCCGAUUAUUUAGCUCUGAUGGAUGGUCUAGUGGAGGCUUUACAAAACAACAUCCGUCAUGUUUAUGCCUUUACUGAUUCAAAGAUGUUAUAUGAUCAGAUAGUGAAUGAAGAUAAGCUUGAGAUUCCACUUCUUGUUGCAUUGAGGCAGAGAAUACUGGAACAUGCAGUUAAUUUUGAUACCUUUGUUUUGGAAGUUGUGUCCGGUAAUGAGAUGGAUAGGGCAUGUCGACUGGCACAAGUGGCUAUUGGGAUUGUUUCAUAUCCUGUCGGCGGAGAGAAGUCUCUUGACAACUGUUCUAUAUGUUGUGAGGAUAAACCAUCACCCAUGAUGAUCACCAUGAAAUGUUCACACAAGUUCUGUUCCCAAUGUAUGAGAACUUAUGUUGAUGGAAAAGUACAAGCUUCUCAAGUUCCUAUCAGAUGUCCCCAGUUGAAAUGCAAAUACUAUGUAUCCCCUGCAGAGUGCAAGUUUUUCCUUCCACUUGCUUCAUAUGAAUCUCUUGAAAGAGUCCUCGGAGAAGCAAAUAUUCACUCUGAUAAAAUCUAUUGCCCCUUUCCGAAUUGUUCUGUCCUGCUUGAUCCUCAGGAAUGCUUGUCAGCCAGGGCAAGUUCCUCAAGUCAGUCAGAAAAUAGCUGCAUUGAUUGUCCAGCUUGUCAGAGGUUUAUUUGUUUGGAUUGUGGUGUGCCCUGGCACUCUUCAUUGACCUGUGAAGAGUACCAAGAUCUUCCAGCAGAGGAAAGAGAUGCUGCAGACAUCACUUUGCAUCGUCUAGCAGCAAACAAGAGAUGGAGGCGUUGUCAGCAGUGUCGUAGAAUGAUUGAACUUGCUCAGGGCUGCUACCAUAUGACAUGCUGGUGCGGCCAUGAAUUCUGUUAUUCUUGUGGUGCUGAAUAUCGAGAAGGCCAACAGACUUGUCAAUGUGCAUUCUGGGACGAAGACAAUUCUGAGGAUUUAGUUUCACAUUCAGCUCAGGAAUCAGAACAAUGGGCGUGGGAAACUUUCAAUUCACUCCCCAUGAUAAUGGAUGCAUACUCGGACCAAGAGAGAUCACAGCUGGCCCUCAUUCAAAGGUUUCUUGCUGGUGGCUUCAGUCUCAGUGAUCACCAUCCAUAUCAAUCCCCUCCUCGCUGUACAGACUCAUACGUGGAUGCUAUUAAAGAUUUGCAUCAGCUUCCUUGGCUGGAGAGGUUUGUCUCCGUGAUUAGUGAUGAUUACUAUGAAGAUUAUAUGCAAUAAGAUAUGUAACAAUAGCAAGCCUUUAGGCAAUAAGUUUCACACAGCUAAAAAUGGUCUUAGCUAGGUGGGUAAAGAGUCUCUCGCUCUGUUCCGUUUAUUCACACUGGCAUGGGAAAAGAGGCGCUUUUCCUUGGAGUCGUAUCAUUCUCUGUCAGAGUAGAUAGACUGAGAAAAAGGGGACAGAAGGAACAUUUAUCUUGUUGACGCAAUGGAAAGUCAUUGAAUCAUAUUUUUCUCCA